GGGCCGCGGCCGCGUGCGGCGCUUCCGGGGGGGGCGGGGGGCGGCUCGCGCCGGGCCGCGGCGGCCGCAGGAUGCAGCGGUGGCCGGUGCUGCUCUUCCUGGCCUGGGUCUGCUUUCUCUUCUUCGCCGGCAUUGGGCUCUUCAUGAGUGGCUUCCUGCUCACCCGGAUUGAGCUCGCCCACAGCAGUUCCUGCUCAGACCCACUCGCACCACCCCCCUGGGACAGGCAGAGCCUCCCGCCGGGCUCCUGCUGGGUGCCCCAGCGCUUCUCGAAGGCCGUGCUGGUCAUCAUCGACGCCCUCCGGUUCGAGUUUGCCUGGUUCGACCCAGCCAACGUGAGGCCGCUGCCGUAUGAGAACAAGCUGAGUUUCUUGCACCACUUAGCGACCUCACAGCCCCGCCAUGCCCGUCUCUACCGCUUCCGAGCCGAUCCCCCCACCGCUACCAUGCAGCGUAUCAAGGGCCUCACCACCGGCUCGCUGCCCACUUUCAUCGACGUGGGCAGCAACUUUGCCACCUACGCGAUCCAGGAGGACAACCUGCUGGCCCAGCUGGUGCAAAACGGAAGGAGAGUGGUCUUCAUGGGAGAUGACACUUGGGAAGGACUCUUCCCCAAGAAGUUUUUCCGCUCGUAUUUCUUCCCUUCUUUUAAUGUGAAGGAUCUUCAUACUGUGGAUGAUGGGAUCCUGCAGCAUCUCUAUCCAACUGUGGAUAGUGGUGAAUGGGACUUGCUGAUUGCUCACUUCCUCGGUGUGGACCACUGUGGGCACAAACAUGGACCUGACCAUCCUGAAAUGGCUAAGAAGCUCACCCAGAUGAAUGAGAUGCUCAGGUCCUUGGUAGAUCAUCUGGGAAAUGACACCCUGCUUCUGGUGGCUGGAGACCAUGGCAUGACGGAGACUGGAGACCAUGGUGGGGACAGCGAGAAAGAAGUGAAUGCAGCACUGUUUGUGUACAGCAAAACACCCCUAUUUGGCACUGGCCCUGCUGAGGAGCCAGAGACCGUUCCCCAGGUGAACCUGGUGCCCACAGUGGCCUUGCUGCUGGGUGUGCCCAUUCCCUACAGUAACAUCGGGGAGGUGAUGGCUGAACUGUUUCCUGGGAACGGCGACGCUCCGUCUGCAGCCUUGCAGCAGCUUUCGGUCUAUCACGUCAAUGCCAAGCAGGUGGACCGAUUCCUGCACUCCUACUCACUGGUGGCUCAGGACCUGCCGGCAGAGCAGCUCCAGCGCCUGCAGGAGCUCUUCUCCGGCGCUAUGGAGGAGCACACUCAGCUCUUGGCCCAGAUGGAAGAGGCAACGCUGGUGUCUCCGGAGCUGGAGUCCAGGCUGGGAAGCCUAAUCGGUCGCUUCCAGCUCUACCUGCGGGAGGCACGGGCUGUGUGCACCCAGAGCUGGGCCCGCUUCCACCCACUGCGUAUGGUGGCAGGCUGCACCCUCAUCGCCGCUUCCUGCUUGCUCUGCUAUGUGACCUCGGAGCUGGCCACAGCGUCAGACUCUUUCUAUCGCAGCUGCCUCCUGUACCCACUGCUUUGGGGCCUGGUGGUGGCUGUUCUGCUUGGGCUGGCCUGUACGUUCAUCCAGGAGGGGCUGGAUCUUCUCCUGGUGUCGUCGUGGGCAGCUGCAGUUUCUCAGGUGGCCUUCUUCUGGCGCUGGUGGGGCCGGCAGCCCAAGCGAACCCGUUUGGCAAGCAGCCAGCCGCCCUUGGCCAGCGUUGGCCUGAGGCAGCGGCUGCGAGCGUGGCUGGGGCUGGCCUUCCCCAUGGGUAUUCUCCUCUUCCGCUGUGGAGCCAUGUUCUCUGAUAGCUUUGUGGUGGCUGAGGCCCGGGUUGCCCCGUUCCUGCUGGCCUCACUGGUGGUGUUGCUGGUAGGGAAACUCCAUUGGGAUGGUCGCUUGACUGUGCCAGAAGGCCCCAAGCAGCAGCUUCUCGGCUUUUCCUCUUACCGCAAAGAGAGUUGGUACCUGUUGUACCUUGUGGCUGUGCUUCUGGUCUGUGCGCGCCUCUCCGUUUUUUUCCACCAGUGCCGUGAGGAAAUCCCCCAGUGCCGGCCCUCUCUUUUCCUUGCCCCACUUGCCAGCCUGAGGAACACACGGGCCAAGAACCUCUUCUACCUCCUGUGCGUGGCCUCACUUGUCGGGCUGGUCUGUGUGGUGCGGUGCUGGCUGCGGCACUACGGCAACCUGAACAGCUCGGACCCCCUUGUGCUCUUUGUGCGCUGGGGUUUCCCACUGGUUGUCAUCUGCAUUGCCUGCUACUGGGCCGUCGCCUCCAGUGCCGAGGACUCACUCGGCAAGCUGCAGGAGCUGGUGCAGGUGGCACUUGUUGCCUUUCCAUGGGCUGUCUACGGGCUGGUGUCUGUGGGGCUGCUGCUCUUGCUGUGCAAUCCCAUGACAGUGUUUGCAAAGGACACACGGGAGUCGGCAGGACCCAUUGUCACCCCCUACCUAGGGGUUCCCAGCUCUGAAGUUGACAUCCUCCACGUCAUCCCUCAGAUCUACAGGAGGAUGCAGGAGUCUCUGAAGAGCCGCCUGGAGCGAGGCAGCUGCAAGGCCACAGUUGCAGCCUACGGGCUGGGCAGUGUGUACUCAGCGGCGUUGGUCAUAGCACUUACCCUGCUGGGCUUCCUCUUGCUGCUUCUGCACAGUGAGCGGAUGAGUCUUGCCUUCCUACUCCUUUUCCUGGAGGCCUUUGUGCUGCUGCAUGUCCAUGCCCGUGCCAGAAGCCUUGCUGGAGAUGCUGAGCUUUUUGCGGUGCCCUGGCAUGCAGUCAUCUCCUGGCUUCUUGCUGCUUCGCAGUUCUUCUAUUCCACAGGCCACCAGCCCAUCUUCCCCGCCAUCCAUUGGAACGCAGCAUUUGUGGGCUUCCACCUCGACCACAGCACAAACCUCCUGCCCGCUGUCCUGGUGGGCGCCAACACGUUCGCCUCCCAUAUCCUCUUUGCAGUCGGCUGCCCUCUGCUCCUGCUUUGGCCCUUUGUGUGUGAGACUCCCAGCUCACAGAGGAGGAAGCCCAAGAAGGAGCCCCGGGAGGAGCUGCAGGAAGAGGAGGAGCACAUGAUGGAGAUGAGGCUGCGGGAGUCGCCAGAGAGGUUCUCUGCUGCUCUGCUGCAACUGGGGCUGAAGUACCUCUUCGGCCUCGGGAUGCAGCUUCUGGCCUGUGUUUGUGCAGCUGCGAUCCUCAGGAGGCACCUCAUGGUCUGGAAGGUCUUUGCCCCAAAGUUCCUCUUUGAAGCGCUGGGCUUCGUGGUGAGCAGCAUCUGCCUCCUGCUGGGGAUCUCCCUGGUGAUGCGUGUGGACUGUGCAGUCAGCACCUGGUUCAGCCAACUUCAGCUCAGGUAGCAUUGGAGAUGUGGGGAACCUGACCUGCUCAUCGACCAAGGCUGUGGUUGUCUCCCUGCCUCUCAGGGCCUGGAGGGAUCCUAGAGCCACCAGCAAUGAGUGCCUGUCGACAGCAGUCAGGGAUUAUCCCCAGUUCCCAGCCUCAGCACUGCACAAAAGGACUGGUGCCAGCUGUUCCCUGCUCUUUGCAGUGCUCUUCAGGGAGCGUGUUUCUCAGCAGUUGGGUUAGAGCUCUUGCUGGGCAUUUGUUAACAACAGAGGAGUCUGCUGCAGGAGGCCAAGAAGCAAGAGUCCUGAAGUGCUCCUCUGGAGAACCGCCAGCCAGGGGCCUUGCUGCUACUUUCCUGACAACUCUGCCCACUGUGCAGCUGGUAGGCUUCAGCGACCAGCACUGCCUGGGAUGUUACCUUGCCUGUGCCAAGACAGGGACCUGCUGGAAGGGGCGCCUGCUGAGGAGGGGAGGGAAGGGAGGAGAGGGGAGGCUACAACCCAGCCUUGUCCCUGGGUCCUGCAGCCACCACCUCUUCUCUCUUCCUUUCGCGCUUAGUUUUCACGGUCAAAUCAAAGUGCACAUGAUCAUGUGUACCCUAGUUCAUGGGGUCUCGGUGGCAGCUGCUCUGCUCCAGCUGUAGUCAGUUGGUUGCUCUGUGGUAACCCAUGUUUGCUACCAUUUUCUUGGUCUUUCUCAACCCUGCUGAAGGGCCCUCUUGGGGCAAGGGGUCCAGGCUGGGCUGUCUUACAGAGUCUGAAACAGGCUCAGCUUGUUGGAAGGGUGACAGCAGGGAGAACUGUGUCUGUGACUGAGAACCUCUGCAUGGGUGGGCUUGGCCUGUUGGCUAUCUGCACAGACUGAGCUGUAGCAGCCAGGGCUCCUGGUCUCUUCCUGAGGUUGUCUUGUGGGAUGCUGGCUGUUGAUUGGGAUCGGUUGAAUUGCAGCAGGAUGUAGUGAUGGAGCGUUUGACCCAUUCCCAUAUUGGCUUAUGUCAGCAGGAAAGGGGAAUCUGGAAUAGCUGUCCUAACUCUGCAGGAAUAGGUUUGGUGUAGGCAUUGGUGCAGCAUUGCCUGGGGACAGCUGCUUGAAAGCCCGCAGGAGGGGAGAACUUUUCUGCAAGGUGGCCUAACCCAUUGGUGUAUGUGCCUGGGGUUACGUCACUUUGAAGGGAUCCCUGGCAUUACAGAUUAUAGCAUUUAUGAUCCAACGUAUGGUGCUUGUCUCCCUCUUGAUCUUGGUGUUCUGCAUGGGACUCUGUGCUGCAAGUGAGCUAUCAUAAUUCUGCUCUUGAUUGCUUGCAGUUGGGAGGGGUUGUAUUCCUUUCUUUAUGCGCAGAGGUAGAGGAUGGUGACCACAGUGCUUGGCCACAUUCCAGUCAAAUUGCCCCUGCAGUUUCGAUGGGAGUUGGGAUUCUUUACUCCCUGCCCUGAACCACUGUGUGGCAUUACUUGGUGCUAUGAAACUUUUCAUCUCUUUCCCUGGUGAAGAGCAAAUUACCUGCACUGUGUGUUGGGGCCACUCUCUGCUCUGACAGACUCAAGCACUGUAUGCUUAGGAUUGCUGCUUUGAUUUUUGUUCCCAGUCUUUGUUUGAUUUUUGACUCAUGGACCGUGACUGCCCCUGUUUGAGUUCCUCGUUGCAGAUUGGUAGCGUAAGUCCAGGCUCUUCCUUGCCUCUGUCCUGAAGAGUCUUGGGAAAAGCUGUGGAAAAUGUCUCUUGAAGGCAGGUUUAUUUCUGUAUUUAGCCCCUGUGGGAGGGUAACACUAGCCCAGGUGUUAGGGUGCAAUUCCAGGGAGGCUUAAACUGAUCAAAUCUUGGGCUUCCAUUGCUUGGCCACCUCCUGACCUGCUGGCUGUGCUCUCCCACCACUGCCUUGCAUCUCCCCUGCCCUGUGGGCCUCUCUCGCUUAAUUUAGCUGACAAAACUAGGGAUUAGUUUGUAGCUGGCUUAACUCCCUCAGCUGGCUCACUGCCCGGUUUCAUGAACACCAGUGCUGGUGUAAGGAAGUGGGUAGGAGCGUAUAGUUGGGAGCUGUGGUGUGAAAGAACGUGGCAGCCCACACUUAGAUUGGCUUAAGCAAUCCUGCCUUUAAAAUGGGUUACAUGCUCUAUUUUGGGUCUCCCUAGUGACGAGAUGGAUCUCAGGUACUGAGUGGGGCAAUGCUGAUGAGUGAGGGGUGCACUUGCAUGUAGAGAAGGAAAGGGAUGGAGGCAGCAGCUACCUAGUGAAUUUUGAUUUAACAUGAAAAGUCUAGGUAACACGUUGCCAACCCUCAAGGCUGUGGCCGAAGUAGGUCUUGUUGUAACCUCACAACCUGGUCAGGAGCUUGCUGCUUGAAUGUAUUUGUGCUGGCAGAAAUCCUUAUGAUCGCUAAUACUGUGAUGCUGGCCCGUAACAUUGCUGCUGCUGCCACCCAGGCCCCUGGGUCUUGUUCUCUCCCAUCUCUAGGAUUAGUUCCUCUUUCCAUGGCUGUUGUCAUGCUGACGAGCCUUCCUGCACCCUUUAUGUGUGGUCAGAGCACUCGGCCAGCAUGUGGGCAUCCUCUUACCGGGUCUCCCUUCUCCCCCUGGAGACAUGGCCCCUCCACGUUCCUGGCCGGGCUGUGGGCUUACAGCCCAGGGAGGCUGGGGCAGAGCAGAGAACAGAGCUCGAGCUCUGUAAAAACACACACACAUCUCACCAGAGACUUAGUAGGCAGUGUUGAGUUCCCGCUGCAGAAUAUAAAUUCUGACUUUUGAAGUCAAAAUUAGCACUUUUUUUUUUUUAGCCAUUUUCUGUUCUAGUAGAUCUGAGCGCAGAUUGAAAAGCUGCAGGCUUCUUUGGGGGACUUCAGACACAUCGUUCUGCCUACUGAUGCCUAAGUCUCCUCUCCAGAAAUAUGGUAAUCUCGUUCCCUCAGUGCCAUCAUGGGAGUCUAGGGAUGCAGGUUCUUACUUCAGCUCAUUUGUUACCACUGCAGUCAUGCCAAGGAGACAGGACUGGCUACUCAUUGGGCUAGCUGCUCUGCCAAGGGAGCCUAGCUGCUACACCAAAGAAUUUAGAUCCAAGAAGACAAACUGUCCAAGGGCUGGAGAUGCUCUUGCUUUCUUUCUUUCAUUGACAUUUUUAGUCUUUAGCAGCCAUCCCUGAACUGCCCUCAAGCUGGCCAUUUGACUGCUAUUCUGAAUGUGCCGGGGAUGACAGAGUUAAUGUUUGUCAUGCCUCCAAGGUCAUCAAGCCUUGGACAUGCUGUGGAUAUGAAAAUAGAAGUGGCUGUGCUUGUUGAUUUUAAAACCCUGAGAAGUGUACAGUGGAAGGUGCUCCUUGGGCCAAACCAGCUCUUGGUCUUCUUAGCAAACUUGGGUUGCGGAGGAGAAGGUUCUGCCAUGCAUCCCCCCGUUCAGGUUGUCACCAGAACCUGCUGGUUCUCCCUUGGUGCUGACCCACCCUGGUGAGAGCUGCACACUCCAGCGCAGUCCUGGCCUCCCUUCCCUCCCUGCUAGCAGCCACCUCCCCAGAGCAGGCGCCCACCUGGAGCAGGGUCGUGCUGCUCCCCGAGCAAAUCCAGGCUGGAUGCCCUUGGAGGUGGGUGGAGAGGGCGCUAUUAGAGUAGGCCAGGACUCUUGGAUAGGAUCCAGCCUCUCAUGCUUCUCUCUUGGUGACACCCUCAGUGUGCUCAGGGGAGACAUUUCCAUCCUGCGCUCCUCGACAGCUGCCGCUGCUCUCACUCCUGCGAGCGUUGUGUGUGCACCCCUCAGCAGUGGCUCCCACCCAUCACUGAGGAGAGCCUUGUGUGUCUACGCAGGAGGAAAACUUCCCUGGGUUCCUUCCCUGUCCUUCCCUGGUGCCAGGCCAGGAGCGGGACAGUAUAUACCAUGGUCCUGGCGUGGGGGAGCAGUGGAAUCGUUUGUCUAGCUUGCACUGCCUGGAAAAUGUCAACAGAAACCCACCACCACUGUGAAAGGUUGGGGCUCUUUGGAGCCUGUUCCUGCCCUGACGCUCAGGCAGCUGCCUGGCACGGGGCUGGCGUGGAGCUGCUGCCUGUGAGGCAGUGCCAAGGGAUGACACCGCUUCAGACAAGUCAAACUCGGUGUGUCUCAGUUCCCAGCAAUUAGCAUCUGUUUGCAUGUCCUUUUCUUCAUCCUAUCUCUGUUUACUCUUCCCUGAAUGUUUGAUUUAUUUACUCCAAGGAAUAGUCCUGCUCUUAGCAUACAUGUCUCCCCUUUCUCUUGGGGAGCAGCUUGGGCAGCGGUCAGGGACGAGGUGUGGGCUUGGGAGAGCUGCUCUCUCUUCCUACGGCCAACUUGACUCCCUGCCUGGAUUAGAGUAAAAUUGUUUUUUAUUUUAUCAACCUCUCUGUGCCUCAGUACCCCAUUUGGGAAAAAAGGGGGAAGGACCCAGCUCCUGAAAGCAAUUUGAGAGCUGUGCAUGCAAAGUGCUAUAAAGGUGCUAAGCUCUCCUGGGUAUUGCUACGUAUCCGGUUAAUGCUUUCAUUCCUCCAUCAGCAAUUAAACCCAGAAGAUGGAAGUGAUUUUUGAGUCUCUGCUGGCAAGUAGAGCCUUUCUUUUCCUUAAAAAUGAAUAAAUAAAUGAAUACUGGUCAAGCUGGCAGCACUCGUUCAUCUGACGGCUUCGCCUCCAGGCUGCUGCUGCUGUCCUCUUGGCCCUGCGGGGCGAGCGCUUUGAAGCAGGGACGGGGAAGCCGGAAGUCGGCGCCUUGUUUUCCGCUCCGCGUCUGAGCCGCUGUCAUCCUGUGCAAGUUGUUCACCUCUUGUGCCUCGGUUUGCUGUGCGCAGCGUUGGGAUAACACUAACCUACCUCACAGGGCUGUUGUGAGGCUGAGCUAUACGUAAUACGCAUGAAGCACCUACAGAAAGGUUGAUGAGUUUUUUUAUUAUUAUUAUUAAAUCGUAAUUUAAUAGGUA